AUGGACACUAAUCGGCAGACCACCGAACGUGUCUCGCAAAUCCACAAAGGGGUAAUGCUUUACGAAGUGCCCUCUACCGAAUCUCGAGAUACCAAGCAGCCACGACUCGGCCCACUGUCCGAUGAGAGCUUCGCGCAACUCGAUGCAGCGAUGAAAGAAGCCCGUUGGAUGGUCCAUGUCGUCCUUCUUCAACUGGCGAAGGUUCCAACCUCCUUGUCUGGGAGCGAUCCGACGCCAUAUCACGAGUACUUUGACCGUUCGUUCCUUCCAUCGGUAAAGUUCGUGUUUCGUCAAAUGUUCAACUUCAUCACUGCCUAUUUGGAGGGGUUUAAUCCAAUGCACAAGCUGCAAUCCGAUCAUGUCUGGACUGGGCGUGAUGUGGAAUUCAGAAUCGUUUGCGACGAGCGAGGACACAACGAUGGUAUCGCCGCCCGAUUUGAGCCCGCCGUCGAAGUAGGUUCGGCCCCGAACGAGAGAUAUAUUUCGACCAUCAGACUAUACCCAUCCACAUGGGAAUCAAAGGUAAGCCUCCGAGACUUCCACCAGCUCCGCGUUGAGCCUUUUGCGGACUUGAUCUCGAGUCGCAAUGCGGCAGGUACUUUGAUCCAUGAGUUAGUUCACCUGGUAGGUGCUUUCUGCGCCCAGUCAUUUCUCGGCAAAGUAGGAUUUUGCCAAUCGGAUUUGCCUGAAUCGCUACGCCACGGGCUCUUCUACGCUCGCUUUCACUCUCUUAGUAUCACGGACAUAAACAUGCUGGAUUUCGCUACUCCCGAAGAGACCAAAGUCCUUACUGACCACGGUUGCUCCGAGUGGAAUGUGGGCACGAAAGCAUACGGUAAGACCAAAUGCAAGCUCCUGCCACAUCUGCAAAAGGGUACCCACGGAGCCUUCCUCAAUGCCGAUAGCUACAGUCAGAUGGCCAUCGAGAUCAACAUGCAGUAUCUGGGUGGAGUGUACCAGAAGCUCUACCGCACAGAUCCGGCGGCACAAAAGGCGACUGCAGACGUCUUGACGGCACUAGCUAGGAUGCAUCGACAGUGGAUCAAUCCGUUGAAAGGCGUCCUGCAUCUGAGGUACUCGGCCCAUUUCGACAGGUUCAAGGCCAAGUACUCACAAGAGACAAUACAGUGGUAUGAAUCUAUGCGGCGAGACGUGGACCACCUGCUGAAGCAUCGUCCACCUCCUGAGGUGAACCUGCUUGCGAGUUGGGCUUACACUCCUCCUUAUCAUGUGAUUCAUGCUGCUAAGGGAGGCCCCUUCUUUACUGCGCGAGAAAACGACAGGGUCCGUGAGCUGGUCAUGGCGCUUCGCGAAGCAAAUCGCAAACGUACUCCUAGUGAGCAAAAGAACGGCGUGGACGAUGAAGUGGGGACUGAAGGAAGGUGCUCAACCCAAUGA